GGUGUUUGUGUGCUAUACAUUUUUCUGCAAUUUUAGAUUUUUUUUUAAUAACAGUCUGAAUAUCUGAUCGUACGAUAUUUUUUUUCCUCUGUUUGCAUGGUUUUGUGUGUGUGUGUUAAUUUUUUGGAUAAGCUGGUAAAAUUAUUAAAUAAACAAUUGAUAUCUUGAAGUACUGUAGUGUUUUAUAUAGGAAAAAAUGUAUUCCCUUUUUAGGCUUGAGAUUUAACUACGUGUUAAUUUGAUUUAAUUUUAAAGAACUUUAAUCUGAAUUUGAUUUCGAAUCGGAACAAGAGCCUUCUUCCUGGUAUGAUCUCAAUCUCCGAGUGAACCAGACAUGAGUUGGCUGCUAAACAAGUCCGAGUUUGCUGUCGAGCUUAUUUAUUUAGUUUGACUACAAAUUAAAAAUGCAUAUACUCUAAGAUUUUUGCUUCGAGUAUAGUUUGAUAGGUUACUUUUGAGUAAUUUAUCAAAAAAGAAAAAGUUUCUCUUGAGUAAUAAUUAAGAAGCUGACUUAUAUAUGCUUUCUAACAGAAUCACACAAACAAAGGAAAAAAUAAGGCUUCAAGUCGCUAUCAUUCUCACCUUUCACGGGUUAACAAACUGUUUAGUCGAUAUGAAUUUACAGAAAUUUUGAUUUCAACUUCUGUGUUAAGCAGAAUUUCUGACUCAAAAGGGAAGUCAUGCCAAACGCCACCUAAAUUGUUUUAUGAGUUCGUGUAACAUGUUAUGCGCAGGGAUUCUGUUGACGAACUUGUUCUUGAGUUAGAAUCAGUUGAAUUCUUGAUUGAAGUAGUAGACAUUCAUGAUUUUUUAUGAAGCGUGUUAACGCAACGGUGAAAAUUGUGAUCAUAAGAGGUCAUUCUUAGCUGUGAUUGAUCUGUUCACAAGUUCAUCAAAGUGAGUUAAAAAUUUUUCAGGCUUUUUUUUUUUAAUUUUUAUGUUUAUAUGAAAGUAUGAAUUGAGAUUGGGCUUGUGUUUAUGAAAUAAUUAAUUAAAUCAAGAAGCCUACAUUUAAGGAAAAUCCAAUGUUCUUGCUAUGCAAAAUUUAGCAGUCUGUCAUAGCAAAGCUGUCUUGUUUUUUGAGGUCUCGUCUAGACUUGCUUGGUCCUUGGAAGAGUGGUAGUUGUUCAAACACAAGACUAGGUUCGAUUUUUGUGCUUUUCCCGAGAGUCAUUUUAAACUUAGUAGAAUGCAUAUGUGCGGUCAUAUUGUAGUAAAGUUUCUAAGCCUUCAUAUCUUUCUGACGCUUUCCCUAUUUAGAAUUUUAGCCAGGGUCUCCAGACUCUUGCAUUAAGUUUUAAUUUUUCCUCUUUGUCAUGUACUCCAUCAACAAUGUUGUUGUCAUUAUGGUUGUUGCCUUUUCCCCUUGGAAUGUUCAGUCUUCUUUUUUUCCUGCUAUAUAUGUGUGCUACUGACUUCUUGUAUACACUUUAGAAGCUUUCAAUUUAUUUUUGAAUGUGUUCAGCUGAUUUUGUGUUCGCGAGUCUUUUCUAUUCGUAUGAAAGUGUAUUGACUUGGGAUCUCUUGCUUGUACAUUUUGAACAACAGUCCAGGAGAUUGUUGUUUUUACUUAGCAAGCAGCAUGCAGAAAACAUUGGACAGCACUGUGACGACCAAUUAUCCACUCUCAUCCCCUUCCAAACCUUGGUGGUGUAGUAUAGGGCAUGAUGCUAUCUUCUCAAAUGUCUUGGGGGAAAGUACGAAAAACUUGUCUCUUCAAGAAUCCACAGAUGAUGGUUUAGGGACCAAGGCCAGCAAACCACAUGGCAAUGUCCAAAUGGAUGGAGGAACUGUUGCUUAUAAAGAAAAACAACUCAAUGCAGUGUCAGAAUCAGAUGGAAAAUACGGAGACCAUCACCAUCCUCAGCAAACUGCAUCCAAAACGAUUCCAGCUAUGGGUGUAUACCUUGGUCCAUCUACCCAGCUGGAACUUGUUGGCCACUCAAUUGUUCAUUCUCAAUAUGCUGGGCCAAAUCCUGCUAGAAUGGUGUUACCCCAUGAAAUGGCAGAAGAACCUGUUUAUGUGAAUGCUAAGCAGUACCAUGGCAUUCUGAGGCGAAGACAGUCACGCGCUAAGGCUGAGCUAGAAAGAAAACUUAUAAAAACAAGAAAGCCUUAUCUUCACGAGUCCCGGCAUCUACAUGCUAUGAGAAGGGCAAGAGGUUGUGGAGGCCGUUUUCUUAACACAAAGAAACCUGACACUACCAAUAAUACUGCACCUGAUAAGCAUAUCAGCUCUGAUGAAACUGUUUCAAGAAACUUUACCAGCUCAUCAAGCUCUGGACCUGUGCCGUCUCGCUUUUCCAGAAACUCUGAUUCGUCAAUGAGUAAGGAUGCGGAAGUAAUAGAGUCUUUGUGUCAAAUGCACCCUCAUCAGACAUGUGAGCAAAGGAUGCACCCCGCAGUUUCCCAGGUAUCACCUUUCCAAAUUUCCUUCACUUUCAGAAAAGAUGGUGGGAGAAAGGGAUCGCAACGUGAACAAAUUAUGGUGAUUGAGUAGGCCUCUCAGUUGAAACUUCCAGCACAAGGAGUUAGGGUCUCUCCAGCAUUGUUAAUUGUAUGAAAGCCCGUUUAGCUGAAAGGUGUGGCGGAUUCUACCGAACUCUGAGAAAUCAAGGCGCCUCUUGAUUGUGUUUGCUUAUUCACUCUUGAGACGCAGUAAGGAUUUGUUGUGCGUAUGUCUUUACAACUCUAUGCUUUCUUGCUUGCAUCCUGUUGAAGGUGUUUCUUCGAUCAUUAAGGAUUGUUUAUAACCAUUUAGAAAAAGCUAGAAACAUCGACCCUGACUCACUUGGUGAGGAAGACUAUAUAUAUCGUUGGCAAAUCAUUCUUGGCUUAUUGUUUGUCACUUUCUUUUCCCAGUUUAUGUAAAAUUAGUUCAUGUAAUCUUGGAAUAUUAUAUUGAUCUUUUUGUGAAUCCAUCUGUCAUGGUGUGGA